AUGGCAUCAAGUGCUGCCUCCGGGCCUCCGUUGUCCACGUCAACGAAUCCCCCAGUCAAGCCAACAAUAGGUGCCACGGCCACGGCUGCGUCUAUACCGAACCUCAAAGACCGCCUCCCAAAGCUCGAACCAAGACGGAGGCGACCAGCUCCUUCAAAUCCUAUCCCAGUACCAGAGACGCCCGACCUUCCGCCACCGACUGGCACAUCUUCAGAGAUACAGUUCAGAAUACCUACAAGGCGCAUCCUUUCAAAGAAGGAUCAUGAUUUAUUCGUUGCUUCUCCGUCGUACAAACUUAUUCUUGCCUUCGUCUUUGGGCUUUCCGACGCCGUCGUUGACAAGCCCAUCUCCGCCAUCAAAGACUCGGAUCUUAGCCCUGCGGUGCAGACCAUCAAUGCACUAUUGGAUGAGGCCUCGGAGCUUGUGAAGCAAUCCCCGCCAGAUGAACAGGGCGGCUCGCGGUUUGGCAACAAAAGGUUUAGGGACUUUCUCGACAAGGUCAAGGAGAGGGCUCCAUCGUGGCAUAAGAAACUUGGGAUUAAGGACGAGGGGGACGCAAUAGCCGAGACCGUCACGUACCUGGGCCAGUCUUUUGGCAACAGGAUGCGCAUCGACUACGGAUCAGGCCACGAGCUCAACUUUCUCAUGUGGCUUCUCUGUCUAUACCAACUUGGCGUUGUUACGAAGUCCGACUUUGCCGCGCUUGUGCUGCGCGUCUUCGUCAAAUACUUGCAAGUCAUGCGUCUCGUGCAGUCCACAUACUACCUCGAACCGGCAGGAUCACAUGGAGUGUGGGGGUUGGACGAUUACCAAUUUUUACCCUUUCUCUUUGGCGCCUCGCAGCUACUUCACCAUCCUUUCAUCACACCUCUUGCCAUUCAUCAGCAGUUGACGAUCGAGGAGUUCGGCCACGACUACCUCUAUCUCGACCAGGUCAACUUCGUCAACAGCACCAAGACCGUGCAGGGCCUUCGCUGGCACAGCCCCAUGCUCGACGACAUCUCGGCUGCAAAGUCGUGGUCCAAGGUAGAAGGGGGCAUGCGGAGGAUGUUUGUUGCCGAAGUCCUCAACAAGCUGCCUGUCAUGCAGCACUUUCUUUUUGGCAGCCUGAUCCCUGCUGAUGAGGGCAUGACGGAGCAGGACCUGGCUGGCUUGCAGCCUGAGGAUGAGGAGACUGAAGGCGGGCAGGUCGAGGUGUUCAACGAUGAGGGGGGCGUCAGGCACAUGCACCAACAGAAUGGAUGGGGCGAGUGCUGCGGCAUCAAGGUGCCUAGCAGCGUAGCGGCAGCCGCAGAGAUGCGGAAGCGAGGCAUCGGUGGCGAUAGUCUCAGAAGGAUUCCUUUCGAUUAA